UCUGCAUUUCGCGCUUUUUGCUUUCGGCUGCCCCUCGCGUCGUCUCGCCGGUUUCGCCGUCUCGCCCGUCGUCUGCUGCGCUCAGUUUGCGUUUCGGGCUUCGGCGGUCGCGUUGGGGUGUGAUCGCUUGGCGCUAUAUUUCGAAGUGACGGUUCGGAUUCCUGUGGAUUUUCGCCGCACCCAGGAUCUAUCUACGCUUGGACCACACCAUUCAAGAAACUCCAUCGGACAUGAGGGUUGCCCGACCCGAAUGACCGACUGCGACUCUGAAAUCAGUCGAGACAGUCUCCCAGGAGCAUGGCUUCGAGCGAUGCCAUCAUCUACUGCUCCUCGGACAUCGUGAAGAAGGCCCCGCAGAAGAUGGGCAUCGAGAAGAUCACCACCAAGUACGACACCGUGGGAACCCUGAGCAAGGACCCGGAUGAAAACGGCCGUCUGGGUGAGCUCGAAGUGGACCAAGUCGAAUCAUGCUUCAAGAGCCACAAGACGUACGUGUACGCCUGCCACUGUCUCGCCAACCUGUACUUCACUGAAGUCUGCCAGGACGGCACUCCAGGACGCUGGGAACUGGCGAGGACAGGAGUUCCCGUUCUCAUCCUGGACAAAGGGGAGACGCGGGCCAGGACAAGAAGGAUGGUGCACAUCGUCCUUGCCGAGAGGGGCACCGGUUUCGCUCUCUGGAAGGAUGUCAUCGACAACCUGAGCAGCUACAGGAAGCCCGCCGUUACCUUCCAUACGAUGCACCUGUCGUCGGACCAUCGCCGGAUGGCGGGCCUCAGCUUCGACGUUCCGGACUUUGCCCAGGAGUUUUGGGACCGGGUCGAAGAGCUCAUAUCGGAUCCCCUCAACAUCAGUCUGUCCAUGCCCAAGGGAUGCACCAAGAGUAUGAAGAAAAAGAACAGACCCUCGAAGCCGAAGCCCUUGCCGAGGAAGAGCGACAUCUCGUUGCCCUGCUGCUUCCAGCAUGUCACCAAUGUUGGCAGUGCGGACAAGGAGCGAUUCUACUCGUUGGCCACGCUGGGACCAGACAGGGACAUCGAGUGACGGCAUCACUUCUUGUCGACCUGCUCUGCUUAGGGUAACUCGGAGGCGAAGAGUGUGUGGUACUGACCGAAGUUGUGCGCUGAUGAGGGUGUCUGUCUUCGGUCGUGCUCCAGUGUAAAUGGGGGCUGUGACUCUGGCCCUUGUGGUGUUGUGACGACCAUCUGUUGACGAUCGUUCAACUUGGACCCAUGUGGAUUAGGAGUGCGUCGUUCAACGGGAAUGAAUGUUCAACCAAAGUGAAUGACGUUCCAACAUCUUUGUUUUGUUUGGUUUCUGAACGUGCGAGUAGACAAUCUUUUUUGUACAGUUUGUGCCGACGUCAACGAAUGUGUGACAAGCUUUAAUGUGCUUUACUUUUCUUUGAAACUGGAGUCAGUUGGAACUAUCGUUUGAUGUAUAUUCAGCAAACGGAACAUUGAAAAGUUACCCGGUCCUGUAUCUAGGCUAAGAACAGGCAUGUUUGUCGCGCAUUAUUCUAUGUUCAUUCUAUAUUUGCAAGAAUUUUUAGGUUUCGAGCCCUCGCCGUUGUCUGGUAAGUGUCUUUCGACGGUGGUGCACUUACGUGAGCUUGUCACUCCAAUGCGAUGUCUGACUGACAAAAUAGUUAUCCAUAACGAAAUAUGAACUCUGUGUCAUUUUAUGUCUCUAGAAGUGUUGAUUUGAAAUUUUUUUAUGCACGAAGGGACGUAAGUCAACGUUCGCUUGCAUUUUCGUGCAAUUUAAAACAGGCAUAUCAUGUAUCCUCAUCGCUGUAAAAUACUUUGCCGCGCAAUGCAAAGCUCGUUAGAGUUAGGCCUGUCUUGUCAAUCUUUUCAUCCACAUUCAACGAGGGACCAUUUUGCGGUCUGUAGAAGCCAUGUGUAGUUAGACGCGAUAGGCUGAUAUUAGUGGGGGACCGUACUUACAGUAACCGGGAAAAUGUCAGGCACCGAUUCCUGUUAUCCAGCUGUAAAUAAGUUUUAUUGUACGACUAACCCUCGUAUGAAAGUCACCAGUGCCUCUCUUUACUUUCUCUCAUGUAUAUAGAUUUAUACAAUGUUUUACGGAAAUUAAAGAAACGAUUCGCAUCA